AUGGCAGACACCAACACCACUACCACCGCCACCAGGCUAAUCUCUCUCACCAUCGCCAACUUGAAUGGCGCCGCGGAAGUAUACGACCUUGUCAACGACGACGAGGGUCUCCGGCCGGCCUUCCACGAAGCAGGUCGAGGGUUAACCCUUAUCAAGGGGGCACUCCAGGCCGCCAAAACCCAACUGAACGGGGGUGAACUAGCCCAAGGCUGCCGAAGCGCCAUGAGCUCACUGGAGGCCUGCAACGCAAAAUCAAAAUUGGCCAAAAGCGUGUUCGAGGAAGUUGCCCAGGCACCAAGAGCCUCCAGCUUCGAGCGCUACAAAAUAGCCGUACAGAAAGAGGGCAAAGGGAACCGGGUAGAGGUCUUGGUAAUGGGUAUGAUGACCGACGUCUGUGAGAUGGCUAAGGAUGGCACGAUCGAAGCAGCAAUGGAAUCCCACGUUAAGGUGUUGCGCGAAGCUCUCGAGAAGCUGUCAAAGAUGGAGCCAUCCAUACCAGACGAACAAGCAGGCUACAAUAUCACCAACCACGGCAAGCAACAAUAUGUCGUUAUCGGGGGAACGCAGAACAACACCAGAGGCAGUGGAAACCAGUUCCCUGGGGCUUCUUUCACGGGGGCUGUUCAUUUUGGCGUAACUGAAGGGAACGUGAAGUCGGCGAUAGCUCCUUAA